UUCAUAAUAUAUCUUGUUUCUUCAUCUUCAUUCUUCCACCAUUUCUGACUCUCUGUUUUGCUGAAUUGUUGGAGAUCGCGCGAACUGGUUUAAUUUUUGGAUUCUACAGAAAGAUCGAUCAUGCAGGAAAGCAUGGGAAAUCCCCUGCGCCUGAAGUCCUUAAAUCACAUCUCGCUUCUGUGCAGAUCACUAGAGAAAUCUCUUGAUUUCUAUCAGAGUGUUCUGGGUUUCUUUCCUAUCAGAAGGCCUUGUUCUUUUGGCUUUGAUGGUGCAUGGCUAUUCAAUUACGGUGUCGGCAUACACCUCAUCAAAUCUGAAGACCCUGAUAACAUGCCCAAGAUCAGCCACAUCAAUCCCAAGGACAACCACAUUUCUUUCCAAUGUGAGAGCAUGGCAACCGUGGAGAAAAAGCUAACGGAGAUGAAGAUAGAGUACGUGAAGAGUAGAGUAGAAGAGUGCGGCAUUUACGUGGAUCAGCUUUUCUUCCACGACCCAGAUGGCACCAUGAUAGAAAUCUGCAACUGCGACAACCUACCGGUGAUUCCUCUAACUGCACGGCGACACCGGCCGGCCUUUGACUAAACUUCCUGGCUGAGUGAGUUCAAAGGCGAAGAUAUGGAGAAGUGUAUCUUUUGAGUGCAUUUGCUGGCAGCUGGAACGAGUCUACCAAGUACCAAAAAUGCAAUAUAUAUGUACGUAAAUUUGGUUUGGUUCAUUGGGAAAUUCAAGGGCUAGCUAGCCUCGUGAGAGUGAUUACGUCAAAUUACGUUCAUUAGCUUAAGAGAUUUUGAUGGUGCGGCACGUCGGAGUUAAUAAAAUGUGGAGUGAUUCUUGUAUUUUUUAUGCACAAUAAUUAUAUAACACUAAGGCACAUUGGGAUGGGACACAAUAU